ACGAAUAAAAAAAAAUGUUAAAUGUCAAUUGUCAGUGUUCGGUGACGCUUCAAUGCGAAUCCGUUUCAAUUUGUGAUUUCAAGUUUUGUUGAAUAUAUAAACAGCAAACGAUAGCAGUUAAUUAAUAACAGUUAAACAUGGAUUUUCAAAACCGCCCCGGCGGAAAAACUGGCGGUGGUGGUGUGGCGUCAUGGUCCGAAAGCAACAGGGACCGACGCGAGAGGUUAAGGCAGCUCGCCUUAGAAACUAUCGAUCUAAAUAAAGAUCCUUAUUUUAUGAAAAAUCAUUUAGGUUCUUACGAAUGUAAGCUAUGUCUAACGUUGCACAAUAAUGAAGGAAGUUAUUUAGCUCACACCCAAGGCAAAAAGCACCAGGCAAACUUAGCUCGACGUGCUGCUAAGGAAGCUAAAGAGGCUCCUCAGCAAUUGGCACCAGAAAAGCCAAGAAUUGAACCAAAAAAAUUUGUUAAAAUUGGCAGACCUGGUUAUAGAGUUACGAAGCAAAAAGAUCCUGAAAAUGGACAGCAAAGUCUUCUUUUCCAGGUUGACUAUCCAGAAAUUGCGGAAGGUGUCCAACCCAGACACCGCUUUAUGUCGGCUUAUGAACAAAAGAUUGAACCCCCAGACCGCAGGUGGCAGUAUUUGUUAUUUGCUGCUGAACCAUAUGAGACCAUUGCUUUCAAAGUGCCGAGUAGAGAAGUAGAAAAACAUGACUCAAAGUUUUGGACUCACUGGAACAAAGAUACAAAACAGUUUUUUUUACAGUUUGCAUUUAAAAUGGAACCAAUGCGUAUGCCUCCACCUCCAAAAAUGUGGGAAAAUCAUGGCAUGAGAUUGCCUCCUCCGCCUGGAGCGCAACUAAUGGGGGUUCCCCCUCCACCUCCAUUACUGCCUGUGCCUCCUCCACCACCAUCAAUGUAGUUGAUAUGUAAAUAUAUGCCAAUAAAUUGUCUGCAUUUUUUUACUUGGA